ACCGUGUGUUUGUUUGGAACGCGCCACACAACCAAUCAGACGUCAAGAGCAAGUCCACUGUUGAUUCUGAUUGGACGUAUGUGGGCUUACGUCACAGAAAAAAAAGAUUCUAUUAGUCCCGUGGACUUUUUCUCUGGGUCAGACGAGUGAAGCAUGACUCGGGAUUAUUUUAGAGCCGACUCCGACUCUCGACUCCCGCCAGUGCAAUCGACUCCUUGACUCCACAUAAUUUUAACCAGAGACGGUUUAACAAAGAAAAUAAAGGGGUAGUUACCUUGUUCCUCUUUCCACGGGGCUGAAGGUGGCUUCGUAUUCGUCAGCUUUUUCGUGAUUUGUUGCAUUCUACUUUUCCAAUACUAACGGUGUUCCAUCCGCACGUCAUUAUAGUGUAGUAAACGUUUUACUGUGUUUUUAAUGUUAAUUAAGUACAGACUCAGUUUAAUAUGACUCCUUAACUCCUGAUGGUGAUUUAGGCUAUAAAAUAUCCUUAUUCUUUUAAUGCUGGUAAUGGCUUCUGAUAAGGUGAUUUAAGGUAGCACAGUUCGUCAUAACACAGGUCCAUGAGACGUGCUACCUCCUCAAAAUGUCCUGCCAGUGCAUAUGUAUCACUCUACAUAAAACUGUAGGUACAUUAUUUUAUUACCCUAAAUCACAAUGUAAGAAACUGCUACCAGCAAUAGAAUUACAGGUGGAAUAUUUUUAUAGUUUAAAUGACCUCAUUAGAAGAAUACUUAGGUGCAUUAGAAGAAUAAUUAGGAUUUUUUUUGAUAGCCUGUAUCUCUUUAUCAGGGGAUAAGUAAUAGGCUGAGUAUGCACUGAAUCAACAUUAAAAGCACAAUAAAACGUUUGAAACACUAAGUUACUACACUAUACCAAACAUGCGCAUGCUCAGUCGGACCGCUGGACGGCAGGACAAACUGCCAGAACACGUGGCGUCAUAAUGAAGCUCCAGCGCUGUUUAAGGUGUAACGGAAAUCGGAGGACGUCUGCAAGUAUGAGCCAAACUCGGCUUCAUCCUCUUUCCCACAACACCCGAAACGUACCGAUUCGGAUUGUUUGUAUGGUGAUGAACUAUGAGCUCAGGACUAUAGGAUUUCCCAUUUUCCCAGGACUAUAGGAUUUCAUUAUAGUAGCCCUGAUCGUGUAGAAAAGGGAGAGUAUCUGUGCAGGGCGCACCUGCAGGGCGCACGGUUUUUAGCAGGUGAGCGACGAUCUUUAAAGCGGGAAAUUAAGCAAACACUCAGACUCAAACACUUUCUUUGACCACACACUUCCCGUCAAAAUGCCCUUUGAGCCCGUUACAAUGAAAUAAAUAAAUAAAUAAAAUACAAAUACGGAGUCGACAGUAUCAAAGAGUCGACUCCAAGCAUUUCGACUCUCCGAGUUACUGUCCCAGAGUCGCUCCCAAUUCCCAGAAUGAUCGGAGUCGAAGAAUCGAUUCUUUCGGAAUCGACUCAUUACUAGAUCAGCCUCUAGAUCAGCUAACAUGAUUUGAAUCUAGUGCAGUGACUUAUCAGACAAGAUAACAGCUGACUUAUUUGUCCUUUGACCCGUUAUUUCACGGGUGAUGUGCGUGGCUCCGCCUACUUUUGAGGAUUUCCUGCGUCGUCAGCUUCAAAGUUCAACUUCACUGAACCACAACAAUGCUGAGCUGUGAGGGUUUGGAAAACGAUUGGAUGAUUUACGUUGUGACCGCUAGCGAACUUACUCAAGGGAGGGCGGGCAGUGAACAAGUAAAAAACGGCAACAGCAACGAUGUCCUGUGAGACACAUGUAAGACAUCGGGCUCUUUGCUCUUUGUCGUUUUGUGUCAUAUCCAGUAUGUUUAGAUGAAAGUUCAGCAGUGUUGGGAUCACUGCUUCGUCGUGGAGGGUGAACCGGAGCUCUGUGCUGAAUACUAUGACCGAAUCUGGGAAAAUGAAGAAGCCCGACGUGAAAGUUGUCAUUCUGGGUGACAUGAAUGUGGGAAAAACGUCUUUGCUCCACAGGUACACAGAGAGGAAGUUCAAGGACACUGUCAGCACGGUCGGAGGGGCGUUCUUUUUGAAACAGUGGGGACCUUACAACAUCUCCAUAUGGGACACUGCAGGUCGGGAGCAGUUCCAUGGCCUUGGCUCUAUGUAUUGUCGUGGAGCGGCCGCAGUCAUCCUCAUCUACGAUGUCACGAACUGGCAAAGCUUUGUAGAGCUGGAGAACCGUUUCCUUUCCUUAACUGACACUGCCAACUCUGACUGCAUCUUUAUCAUAGUAGGCAACAAAGCUGACCUGACUGACCUGCACACCUAUGUGACAGACCCACAGCCUGGACAGGAGGUUGAGUCUGAAGCUGAUGCUGCACCUCUGAGUUUGCCUCCUCCUGUCUCUCCCCUCCUACACAAACAGGUGAACAAAGAGGAUGCCAUGGCUCUGUAUGGACGUGUUCUACGUUACAAAGGCCUGGAGGAGAAAGCCUGUCUGCCUGCUGAGAGAAUGUGUUUUGAGACUAGUGCUAAAACCGGAUACAAUGUGGAUGUGUUGUUUGAGACUGUGUUUGACAUGGUGUUACCCUCCAUCCUGAAGAAGAGAAAUGAGGGGGAGAGCUCAACUGUGGACCUGGAAGCACCCAGAACAGAGAAGAAGAAUAAAACUGGCUGCUGUAACUAGGAGGGACACAGAAGGGACAAGAAACUUGAAUUCAUUUUACUGCCAAAUACAAAAAAGCAACAGAAGGUUGUUUAGACUCUAUGGAAUAUGAUGGUAAGCCCUUUGAAGAAUCAUUGAGAAAGGUGGGCCCUGCUUCUGUAAAUAUAUUACAGUAAAUUUAUUUUUAAUGGUAAUGCAGUAUUUUUCAAACUGAAAAUGUGUUGAGUUUCUCUUGCAGUAACUUUAGUAUUCACCAAGUAAGUGUGAAUACUUCAAAAUACUAGGUGAUUAUUUUGGGUAACAAAAUGAUGUCCAAAACACUCCACACAUCCAAAUUACACUGAAAUUCUCAACAGGUUCUAACUAUUAACUGUUAGGUGUGUGGUAUAAUCUCCAGAAUGCUGUGUAAUUAUGUUGGUGGCACUUAUUAUUGUUUAUUAUUAUUCAUAAUAAUAAUAAAAUAGGGGUAGGUUUCAAGGCAGUCCAACAAAAUUACACUCAAAUCUCUAUAAUAUUCUAGCUAUUGAGCUGAUAUAGGACAGUAAAACAUCCCAUAUCUGGAUUUUUUUUUGCAGUAACAAAUUAUUAAGCACAAAAGAACUUUAACAGAAUUUUACUGUUAACAGAAUUAACAGUUGUGUUUUAAGCAGGAAAGUAAAUUAUAAAAAACAAUGAAACCAAAGUAAAAGCCAUUGUACAGCCUAAAUUAAGUUUUGGUUCUAGAUAAGUGCCUUAGUACAGACGUUUUACCUCGCAUAGCUACCUGGUAUUUUUCCCACUUAACUGUAUGACAUAACUGUAAAAUUUUUAUUCUUUGUCCUUGAUACAUUAUUACACCAUAUAAUCACCCAUUUAUUAGUUAUUUUACUAUCUGCUGCUUAAUAUCUAGAACCUGUUCAGUGGUUACUAUAAUUUUAUCCAAAACAAUACCACAGCACUUUUGAGACUGUAUUACCUAGUUCAACCUGUUAGAAAUUUCAGUGUAAUUUGGUUCACCUGGAUUGGAACUUAAAAUAAUUACACUGUACUUUGGAGUUUGUAACAGACACUUGCCUGGUUAAUACCUAGAACUUAGUGGAUUGCAAACGAAAGCACUACUGAAGAGUUGCUUGGGUUCAUUAUAGUAUUUUGGGAUAUAAAAUGAAGGAAACAGGGCUCAUUUGGUUGUUAAGCAACAAUUUGAAUAAUCUUCCCCCCCUUCUGUGAUCACACUAGUCUUAUUUUAUCUUAUAAUUGUUCUGUGUGAUGAUAGAAAUACAACUUAUUCUUCAUUAAUGUGUUCAGAUGUUUCCAUGAACGACUUGAAGAUAUGAAGAGUGAUUUUCUUUUAUAGUACAUUUCCUAAUCACUGAUAGUAUUGUCAUGUAAAUGCUCUUAUAAGAUCAUGUAAAUGAUCUUAAUGCUAAUAAUACUUUAUACUUAUUUCGUAUAUUUGGAAUACCUAAUCCUUUAUCAUAUUUUGGGAAAGUAAUGCCUCUAUUUUUGCAUUAUGAGUUUUUGUUAGUGCAUAAAAAGAUUCUGGGAGUUUAUGUGAAAUGUCUUUGCUGUGUCUUGCAUAACUCAAACUGUCACAAACCAUUGAUGAUUAUCUCUCAAGAGCUCAAGCAAACAAAUGACAAGUACCCGAAAAAGUUACAAACGGAAGCAUUUAUUUGGCUGUUACUCAAUAAUGGUCACAUUCACAAUCUUUCAGAACAUUUUAAAAAAUUAUUUUCCACAUAAUUACAUUAUUCAAACAAGCACUUGGGUAAUUGAACUGUAUUAUUGAAAUACAUGGCAAAAGGGGAUUUUCAUUGUGAUAGUACCUUGUUCAACUUCAUGGUAUAUGUUCAUGGUUUUUCAGAACAAGGAUAUAAAAGGCACAUAAAACCUGGUAAGGCACGUGGUGAGCACAGCCAAGCAAAGUACAAUGUGUUCAAACACACCGUUUGAUUUGGUCUAUUAAUCAUUUAAGGGCUGCUCUUUAGAAAUGGCUUUGAUUUCUGGAAGAAAUACCUGCAGUAAACAAACCAAUAAUGUGUGCCUUUGGCUAU